AGCAAUGACCCCCGACCAGAAGCGAGACUGACCACAGGAAGUUGUAGUAAUGGACGAGUCCUGUUGUUUAUCUAAAUCUCCAUCUACGUUGUAGAUUGAUAUAACAAGACCAGCGUUAUGGCGCUUAAAUAUGGGAACAAAUGUUACGAUAGGUUUGGGGAUGGACCACUAUUGUGGACCGGGAAAUGGACGGAAACGGAAUUGGAUGACACAGAAAAAACAAGGACAGCUUUGCUGUUUAUUUCCCAUGGACUUGGGGAACACUUUGAUUAUUACGAUGAGCUUGGAUAUUUUCUGGUGAAUUCUGGCUUUCGAGUUUUCACACACGAUCACAUCGGCCAUGGGACUAGUUCCGGAACACACAGUCAUGUUGGAAACUUUAAGGAAUAUACCAAAUUAAUCUUUGACCAUUGCGACGAAAUGAAGAAAAACUACCCCGAUUUACCAAUAUUUCUGUUUGGACAUUCAAUAGGCGGCGCUGCAGCUUUAUUAGCAGCUCUAGAAAAACCAGAAUAUUUCAAAGGCGUCAUCAUUUCAAGUCCUUUUGUCAUUCCUCCCAAAGUUUUUUCGUCCAGUGUAGAGAUGUUUUACUUUAAAAAUAUCGGAGCACGUAUGUUCCCUCAACAAGAACUUUCUCACAUCGACCCGAACGAGUUGUCACGUGAUCCCAAGAAAGUGGACAGAAUUAAAAAUGACCCGCUGUUCCACGCGGCGUUCAAAGCAGGACUCUGGAAAGCUUGGCUUGAUUGUGCUGCAAAACUGCAAAAAAAUUUCAGUUCGAUAAAAGUGUCAUUACUCGUUCUCUAUGGAGAAGCUGACAAAAUAGGCGAUAUAAAGUUCUCCCAAACUCUGUAUGACGAGGCUCAGAGUCAGGACAAAGAACUGAAGAUAUAUCCAGGUUGUCUUCAUAAUCCCAUACUCGAACUAGAAGAAGAUAGGAAGCAAGUUUUGGAAGAUAUUAAACAAUGGCUAGAAAAAAGGAUAUGAGUUGAUUCUAUGGAGCUAGUUAAUGGAAAAAAGACCACUACAUAAUGUGUUAUCAAGCGUCCAUACAAAACAGUUGAAAGAUAAUGAUCUAAAUAGUGCGUCCAAGAGAGAAAAAAGGUAUAAAACGAUGUACGAUACAGGAAAAAUUGGAAAAUCUUGCCAUGAAAAUGUUUAGUAACAUGUACAUUCUAUAAAUAUUUAUCGUACGGUACAAAAAUAGCACGUCAAGGUACCAUGCACCCAAUUACAUAGUUACUACUCUUCUAGGAAUUUGUCUUUCGUAUACAGCGAAUAUGCAAUGAAAAAAAUGUUGUACACUGCCAUUUUCUUUUAUUACGUUUCACCAAUUUUCUUUACGUAAUCUUUUACUUUUACAGUACUAAUUCUCGGCAUUGUAAUCUCCUUUGUGUCGUAAUUUUUUCUAUUUGUAUCGCGAAAAUUUCUAGAUCUUUUUAUUAGUGUUGUAAAUGAAACAUUCAUUGUAUUGUAUAAUUGUAUUUUCAGUUUGUACUGAAGAUCAUUUCAUCUGUAUUGUUUAUUGCGUAAAUGUACUUUAUAAAUUCCUUUUAUAUAUCGGGUUGUUAAUGGUGGAUUAAAAACAAUAAAACUCUAUGAA